AUGUCGGACAACGAGGGAGCUAACCAGGCUAACGCAGUUGCCGGAGGAAUGGCGGCGGCUAUGAUGGGGACGCUUUCGGUAUUUGACAGUCAAGCGCAGACUUGGGAGGAGUACUGUGAGGUUUUGGGACACUUCUUCGAGGCUAAUAACAUCACUGAUGCAGGAAGAAAGCGUGCAAUAUUGCUGAGCUCCGUUGGAAGCAAGACAUACAGUUUGAUGAGAAACUUGUUGAGCCCGGACAAACCUGGUGAUAAGUCAUUCACGGAGUUGACUAACCUGCUUCAGUCACAUUUCAAUCCAAAGCCCAGUGAAAUAGUUCAGAGAUUUAAAUUUAAUUCCAGGACUAGAACGGCAAACGAAACUGUGACGGAGUAUGUGGCUGUGCUGAGGGAGCUGGCUCAACAUUGCAACUACGGGGACAAGCUGAAGGAGAUGCUGCGGGAUAGGCUCGUGUGUGGCAUUGCGGAGGACCGCAUACAGAGGAGGCUGUUGGCGGAGCCCGACUUGACAUUUGAGAAAGCCUUGAAAAUCGCGCAGGCCAUCGAAACGGCAAACAGGGAUGUGCGUGACUUGCAGCCGACGCUGGACAGUGCGGCGGGGAAAAAUGCAACACCAAUGACAGUGCAUAAAGUGGGAACGGAGAAUAAACGACAAAGGCACGUGAAGAAAAUGUGCAGGUCCGCGCCUCCGGGUGCCCAGCAGACUAAGGGGGGUGGAAAGAGUUUUGUGAAGGGGGAGAAAGUACCGGUGUUGAAGCCUGACGGAGGGGCACGCAUUUGUGGAGACUACAAACUCACGGUGAACCCAGUCUCUAAGCUAGAGCAGUAUCCAAUACCAAGGUUGGAGGAUUUGUUUGAGAAGCUGACUGGGGGAGAGAAGUUCAGCAAACUGGACCUUAGUCACGCAUAUCAACAAGUCUCUCUUGAUGAGACAUCAAAGCCUCCCGCUAUAUUUCAACGAAUGAUGGAAGGACUGCUGUCAAGAAUCCCUAAUGUGGCUGUGUACCUGGACGACAUCCUGCUGACGGGCCGGAGUGACCACGAGCAUCUGGAGACGUUAAAUGAGGUUCUGAGGCGGCUACAAGAGGCAGGUCUUCGAUUGAAACGCAAUAAAUGUGCCUUCUUGGAGCGAGAGGCGGAAUUCCUGGGGCACAAAGUGGAUUCUGCGGGGCUCCAUCCCCUGCCAAACAAGGAGGAGCAAGAGAGGGCUUUUGGGGAGUCUAAGAAACUCUUGCAGUUGUCAAAGGUCUUAGUGCAUUAUGACAGCCAGAAAGACUUAUUAUUGGCCUGCGAUGCGUCGCCUUAUGGUGUGGGGGCGGUGUUGUCACAUCGUAUGUCAGACGGGCAAGAGCGACCUAUUGGCUUCAUGUCACGGACACUCACGCCAGCCGAAUCAAACUACUCACAACUGGACAAGGAAGGACUGGCAGUGAUGUUCGGCAUUCAGCGUUUCCAUAAGUACUUGUAUGGAAGGAGGUGGGCGGUGACUUUGAGAGCAUAUGAAUAUGAGAUUGUCUACAAGCCAGGGAAAUAUCACGGCAACGCAGACGCGCUGAGCCGACUGCCCCUGCCUCAGCCAUCGACAGAGAAAGUGCAAGAGGAUCGAGUGCUGAUGAUGGAGGACGCGUUGCUGGUAUCAGCAACCGAAGUGGAACAGAAGCAGGGCGUUCAAAAGAAGCAUCAUGACAAACAAAGAACAGUGAGAAGUUUCUUAAUCGGAGAUGCAGUCAUCACGCGAAACUUUAGUUAUGGGCCCAAGUGGAUCCAAGGCUUCAUUACCAAAGUCACCGGCCCUGUGUCUUACAAAGUCAUGUUAGGGGAUGGUUCCAUAGUGCGUAGGCAUGUGGACCAGAUACUGGACAGACCUGAACAAAAAGACAUUAUUGACCCGGAGGGAACGGGACCUCCAGCAGUACCACUUGUGUCGGCUGACGCUACACCAUUGUCAGAGGAACCUGGAGCAGUAAGCGUGAGUGGUGCUCUGGAAGGGAAUCCACAACUCAGGGACAUAACAACUCCAUCAAUGGUGGUCAUUCCAGAGACCGUGAGGGAAGCGCCGCUGGUGGUGCCUGCACGCCGGUCUCAACGAACCGUGUCUAAACCCAAUUUUCUGAAAGACUAUGUCUGUGGGAAGUAA